AAGAGGUUAGUUAAAGCUAAGGAUGUAGCAGAAGAUGCAGAUUUGUUUGCAAAGACUCGGGGAGGUCCCAAGUAUGUCGUGAAUCGAACCAAUAAGGACCGGAGCUAUAAACCAUAUGAAAUACCUCAGAGACAGUAUCCUAGUAGUCGUAAUGUAGGCACUAGUAAUAGAGGUAGUAGCAAUGUUGCUAAUAGAGGUAGUUUGAAGCAAAUGUUGAAGCGUAUGUGUAGUGAGAGACCUAGAGAUUGGGAUAGGUAUUUGAAUGCUAUGUUGUUUGCUUACCGUGAAGUUCCGCAAGAAAGUUUGGGAUUUUCUCCCUUUGAGUUACUUUACGGCAGAACAAUCCGUGGACCGAUAACUGUGCUAAGAGAGUUAUGGGCUGGUAAGACGGAGAAUGAUGAGGUUAAAACCACUUACCAGUAUGUUAUGGAUUUGCAAGACAAGUUGGAGGAUACGUGUAAGAUAGCUCAGCAACAGUUAGCAAAAAGUAGUGCUAGAUACAAGAAGUAUUACAAUAGGAAGGCUAGAGAUAGGAGGUUUAAGGCAGGUAGUAAGGUACUUGUAUUGUUACCUACGAAACAUAAUAAAUUGUUGUUACAUUGGGAAGGGUCCUUACGUAGUAGUAGAGGUAGUAAAUAGACUAGAUUACAGGAUAGAUGUAGACGGAAAGUUGAAAACGUUUCAUGCAAACAUGCUCAAACAGUACUGUGAAAGGAAGGAUGAUAGUAAGUCUAUACCAGAUAAGGGUAUUUUAAGUAAGGUUGGAGCAGCUAUUGUAGAGGAGGAUCAGAGAGAUUAUGAUAGAUUAGAUCCGAAUGAAAGUAGUGAUGAGUUUUCGAGUAGAGUAGAAAAGGAUAUAGUUUUGUGUCCUAUA